AUGGGGGAGUAUACACUUUUUUUUUCCUGGCCAAACGGUACUUAGAUUAGAUUAUAAUUGCCACCUCCACUUCCCUACGCCUUUGCAUCUUAACCUGAAAGCAGCAUCUUUUGUUCCCUUUCUCCCCUUCUCUCUCUCUCAUGCACACAAAACCAAAUCUUUAUCGCUGUCACCCUUUGGCCCCCCUCCUAUUCUCUCCCACUAUAUAAACAAUCUUCCCCUCCAUUAUCAACUACAUUGCUUCUCGAAUUCUCCUCCUCUCUCUUUUACCCAAAAUUCAAACAAGGACUUGCAACUAUCAAAAGCAAAACAACUCAAUUUUGCUUCUCUCUCUAGGCAUUAGAAAAAUUGUAGACUAGACCUACUGUACUUUCCCCUACAAGCCCCCACCAUCUCAUUUCUAAUCAUCCUGUUGUCCUAUUCUAAAUUUUAUAAUCAACUUUUCCUUUGAGAAAUUUCACAUCAUGAAAAAAGAGUUGAAAACUGAGAAUAAUAACAGUAACGGUAACAAGCGGUCCCGAGUUGAGUCAGGAUUGGACUCAGCUGGUGACUCGCCUGAGUCCAAGCGAGUUAACGCAGAGGUUGAGACUGGUCCUGACUCGUCCGAGUUGAGCCGAAUCGACUCGGAGUCGGGAGUGAGUCCCAACCGUUCAAACUCGCCGGAAUCGAAUGACGUGCAAACAGAUGUGUACCUGGAUUCACCGGAGGCUAAGCAGAUAAGAGAAGAUAUAUUGGAUAUCUUAGAUGAGCCUGACGCUCUGACGGAAUGCCCGCCGGAGAUUCAGGAUCUGGACUCUGUCAUGAAGAGUUUCGAGGAAGAGAUCCUUCACCACUCACCUCUGAACGACACACAAACCGUCCUUGACCUGACUCCAUCAGAAUCCGGCGACUCACAACCGGACCUCGGAUACCUCCUCGAGGCGUCGGACGAUGAGCUCGGUCUCCCUCCCACAACAUCCCCGACCGACGAAAAGGUUAACGUCGAAUCUACUGUCAUGCCGGAGGCCGCUGAAUUUGCGAAUAUGACUUGUUUUGAGGACGAAAUGCCUAAUUACGACACGUUUGACUUCGGCAUGGACCACGAGGCUAGGGUAGGAGAUAAUGACAUCGGUAACAGCAACGGCGACUUUGUGACAGUUGGAGGAUUGUUUGAUUAUCCUGAGCCGUCGGAUUUUUCCGAUUUCUCAUGGCGGCAGGAAUCCUUACCCGCUCUAUGAAAUGAUGAAAUUUCUACGUAGGUUUUGUGAAUGGUAGCGUAGUUUGUACAUCUGAAAACCAGAAAGCAGAAGAUAUAAAUAGGAAGCUCAUACUGUAGAAUCAAAUGUUUUCAGAGUCUAGAAAUUGGAGUUUUAAAGGGAAUUUGCUCAUUUGAACUCAAAUCUGAAUUCUAGAGAAUCGAUGUUAAAUUGCAAUAAACAACUGAAUUGAUUUCCCGCCAUUAAUUAUUGAAGCUAAUAAAUUAAGAACAAACAUA